AUGCACAUUGAUAUACACAAUCAUUUCAUCAGAGAACUUGUUGAAGAGAAAAUUAUAAUGCUUGAGCAUGUGGAUACUGAAGCACAAUUGGCGGAUAUUUUUACCAAGGUAUUGGAUGCGGUUAAAUUUGAGAAAAUAAGGAGUGAAUUGGGGGUGUGUUUGUCAACUCAUUUGACCUACAUUUGCGACCAGGAAGAUGCGGAUAAGCAUGUAGGCACAAAGAAGAAGAUUCCCAUUGUCUCUCCAAAUCAAGAGAAUUCUGAAAAUUUCAUCCAUAAUCCUGAAGUUGUUGUUGAUCCAGACAUUGAACAUGCUGUUGAUUUACUGUAUCUCUCUGGUGUGAGGGUUUUUGAGCAAGAUGUUGAACCAAAUGUGGAGAAGUCCAAAUCGUCUUCUGAAAGUUCUGACGAAACACAAAGUGACGAAGUUCCUGUUGUGAAGGAUUCAGUGGUGAAGGAUGUUUCUACAAAGUCAACCAAGACAGUUCCAGAACCAUAUUCCAGAAAAGCCAAUAGACUUAAGAAGAAGAUGACGAAAGAACUGGUGAAGUCUUCUCACCGCACUCCUAAGACAUACAAGAGUUCUCCGGUUCAAGUUCCUGAGAAGAAAAAAAAAGAGAAAAAGAAGGGAAAAGGAAAGGAUUCUGUCAGUAAGAGUAAGAAGAGGAAGCAUGUCUCUGAGAGUGAUUCAGAACCUGAUGUCGAGCUAGGUGUGCUAGAUAUCUCUACUACCGCUAGGAAGAGAGUGAAGGGAAAAAGAGUUCCCUUAAAUGUUGCUGAAGUCCCCAUGGAUAAUGUCUCUUUCCACUCUGCAGAGAAUGCUCAGAGAUGGAAAUUUGUUUAUCAUAGAAAGCUUUCUAGGGCGAGAGAACUGGGUGAAGAAGCAUUGGGUUCUCAGAAGAUCAUGGAUCUUCUGAGUGAAGGUUUGAUGAAGACUGUCAAGGAUCUUGGCAGGUGUUAUGAGAAAUUGGUCAGGAAGUUCAUUGUGAACAUCCCCUCUGACUGUGAUGAUGAAAGCUCUGUGGAAUACAACAAAGUUUUUGUGAGAGGAAAGUGUGUGAACUUCUCUCCAACUGUGAUCAAUGAGUAUCUGGGAAGAAGCUCUGAAGCUGUGAUUGAGGUGGAGUCUGAUCUCCAUGAAGUUGCUUGUGUCAUCACUUGUAAAUUGGUCAAGAAGUGGCCCAAGAAAGGAUUGCUGCCUUCUAGGAAGUCGACUAUCAAGUAUUCUGUGCUGAACAAGAUUGGUGCUGCAAAUUGGGUUGCUACCAAUCAUACCUAUGGAGUCACUCCACAACUGGCUAGGUUGAUUUUCUUUGUGGGAACAAGAGCCAAGUUUGAUUUUGGCAAUCAUGUGUUUGAGCAGACCAUCAAGCAUGCUGGAUCUUUUGUUGUGAAGCUACCAAUCACGUUUCCCUGUCUCUUGACUAAACUGGUCAGGCAGCAACACCCAGACAUUGUGAGAGCUGAUGAGCCUCAAGCACCCGUUGAAGAUGAAGCUGAGGUUGAUGAGGAAGAUGUUGCUAUUAAUGAAGAGGAGGAAGACACUACUGAAGGCAAUGAGGAUGAGGAAGAAGAGGAUGCUGAUAAUGAGGAGUCGGACUCUGAGAGCUCUUAUGUUUAG